AUUAAUAAUGCUAAUAUUCACUCUCACUUCUUCUAUCACAAUGCAAAACUCAUCCACCACUAUCUCUGCCCCGCCACCGCUUCCCCUCCCUCUUCCGCCGAACUCCGCCGCGCCUCCGCCGCCACCCUUUGCCAGUUCUCCCAACUCCGUCUUCCAAAUAACCGUCCUUCCAGCGCCGCCGCCUCCACCGCUCUUCGCCGACACUCCUAGCUCCGUCGAUUUGUCCCCUCUCAAAUUCCUCCUCGCCCUCGUCGCAAUCGUCACCAUCCCCGCUUUAAUCUACACCUUCAUCUUCGCCUUCAGGUGCCCGGCGUCCCGCCGCCGGCAUCACUCCGCCGGCGAAACCUCCGGCGAUCCCUCCUUUGUGUCCGAACUCUCACACCAAGACGUUGAAAACGCCGGCGCCGGUAGCGUUGCCGACUUGAAGUACCAGAAGGAGACGCACGCGAAGGAAAUCGGCGGCGAGUGCCCGGUGUGCUUGGCUGCUUUCGCCGACGGCGAGGAGGUCCGGCAGCUGAGCGCGUGCAAGCACUCGUUUCACGCUUCUUGCAUUGAUAUGUGGCUCAGCAACCACUCCAAUUGCCCGAUUUGCCGCGCCACCAUCGCCCCCACCGCUAAAAACCGUUCCAGCUCCGGUGAUCUGCAACAGGGUCACCGUGACGCCUCUGCUGCGGUUUGAUUUUUAAUUUUUUUUUUUUAUAUUUUUAUAUAAAUGUUGAGCUUUUUUUUUUUAAUUACAAAAUGGUCCAAAUUCGGAUAAGUAGUUUUAGCGAAGAUUUUGUGACUUUUGAGCUAUAACUGUUUGUGAAAUAUAAGGGAUUUUCAUGAGAAAGUAGACAGUUAGAAAUUGUAAUACAAUUGGGUAUGGUAAUGAAGAUAGCUCUGAAAUUU